AUGGAGCAGAUGCGAGCCGAUAUGGAGUCUCUGCGCGAGCAGUGGAGCGAAAUACAAGCCCGAGCCGCCAGCGUCUAUGCCGAUGCGGCCUCCCUGAGGCAGCAGAUCAAUGACCUGGAGGAGCGCCUGAUCGAAGCCGCCAAACGCGGCGACGCGGCCCAUAUAGAGAGCCUGUCUGCUCAAUUGCACCCGCUAGAGACUAUUGCGCUGCACCACAGCCCUCCGUCGGUGGGCAUGCUCGUCAAAGGCGGCCCAAUGUACUUUGCCAUGCAGGAUAUUGCCACCGGCGCCGAGCCGCAUGCCCUGGUCGGCUCUGGCGCUUACAAGGCGGCUCAUCGCGCCACCAUCGCUGCUCUCAAGUCUGUCAUCGAGCGUGUCGUCAAGGCGCAAUACACGGCCCAGGUGAGCACAGAGACUCACCGAGACCGGGUGCCCCCAAACGCCGACUAUGAAUGCCUGCACGACGAAUGUGUAAGAGUGCUCGACACAGACGGCCACACGUGGAGAGCGAUCGAGUCGUGGGAGCUGGCCAACGACUAUCUAAGCCGCUACGGCCGAAAGGGCAAAUUUGACGUCCAGGACGAAUACCUCGCCUGGGUCAAUGCGCUCAAGGGCAAGCGCACCAGCGACCGCCACAUCGAGCGGACUCUGUAUGGCCUGUGCGCUGUGGCGACGGUAAGCGAAGAGGCCUGGCUGGUAUACUUUAAGCCGACAAGCCACGGCGACGACAACGACAGAGACGACAAGCGACAAUAG